AAAGAGAUCCUCUGCAGUGAUGUCAGAGGAUGAACAGAUCCUCUCUCUCGGCUCAGGCGCAUUUCUCCCUCCCCCUCCCUCCCGGCCUCGCCUCCACCCACCGCAUCCGCCGCGAGACGCCUCUGCCCUCCCCGCCGCUGCCGCCGCCACCUGCUACGGCGGGCGGGAUCCAUCUCGCUGCGGCUCGCCUACGGUGAGGUACGCGAUGGAAGGAGCUGGAAGAGAUGCGAACCCUUUGAGCGGCUAUCGAAUUGGCAAAACCCUGGGGAUUGGAUCAUUUGGUAAAGUGAAGAUCGCGGAACAUAUAUUGACAGGCCAUAAAGUGGCAAUCAAGAUCCUCAACCGCCGGAAGGUCACAAGCAUGGAGAUGGAAGAGAAAGUGAAGAGAGAAAUCAAGAUACUGAGAUUAUUUAUGCAUCCUCAUAUCAUACGCCUUUAUGAGGUGAUAGAUACAUCUGCUGAUAUUUGCGUUGUUAUGGAGUAUGUUAAAUCUGGUGAGUUGUUUGAUUACAUUGUUGAGAAGGGAAGACUGCAAGAAGAAGAAGCUCGCCGCUUUUUCCAGCAGAUCAUAUCUGGUGUUGAAUAUUGCCAUAGAAACAUGGUGGUUCACCGUGAUCUGAAGCCAGAGAAUCUUCUUUUGGAUUCAAAAUGGAAUGUUAAGAUUGCAGAUUUUGGCUUAAGUAAUGUUAUGCAUGAUGGUCACUUUCUAAAGACAAGCUGUGGUAGCCCGAAUUAUGCAGCACCUGAGGUCAUAUCUGGUAAACUAUAUGCUGGCCCUGAAGUUGAUGUCUGGAGCUGCGGCGUUAUUCUUUAUGCUCUUCUAUGUGGUACUCUUCCAUUUGAUGAUGAGAAUAUUCCAAACCUUUUUAAGAAAAUAAAGGGUGGGAUAUAUACCCUUCCUAGUCAUUUGUCACCUUUAGCGAGGGAUUUGAUUCCCAGAAUGCUGGUUGUUGAUCCAAUGAAAAGGAUCACCAUACGUGAAAUCCGUGAACAUGCGUGGUUUAAGAUUCGGCUUCCACGCUAUUUGGCUGUGCCGCCUCCAGACACUGCACAGCAAGUUAAAAAGCUCGACGAGGAAACUCUUAAUGAUGUUAUCAAGAUGGGUUUUGACAAGAAUCAGCUCAUUGAAUCUCUGCAAAACAGGUUGCAAAAUGAGGCGACAGUUGCAUAUUAUUUACUCUUGGAUAAUAGGCUUCGUACAACCAGCGGUUAUCUUGGAGCUGAGUUUCAAGAAUCUAUGGACUCUUCUUUCUCUCAAGUAACUUCUGAAACGCCAACUUCAGCAACUGAACUUCGGCAGCAUGGGCUUAUGGAAUCUCCAGGGUUUGGCUUGAAGCAACAUUUCGCAGCUGAAAGGAAAUGGGCCCUUGGUCUUCAGUCUCGAGCCCAUCCACGAGAAAUAAUAACUGAAGUGCUUAAAGCUCUACAAGAACUAAAUGUUUGCUGGAAAAAGAUUGGACACUAUAACAUGAAAUGCAGAUGGAGUCCUGGCUGUUUUGAGACUAUGAUGCAUAACGGCCAUGGCUUUGGUGUGGAGUCUACUAUAAUUGAAACCAAUGACCUAAUGGAGAAAUCAACCCACAUAGUGAAGUUUGAGAUUCAGCUUUACAAAACAAGGGAUGAGAAGUACCUUCUCGAUUUGCAAAGAGCCAGUGGACCACAGCUCCUCUUUCUGGACCUGUGUUCUGCCUUUCUAACUCAGCUGAGAGUCCUUUGAUCCUGACGUCAUUGGCUUCCCAAGUGCAAUCCUCGAAGCACCGAGCAGAAUUUCAAGUUACAUUUCAGAUGUACAUAAUGACCAUAAUCCUCCAGUAGAUUAUGACCCUGUUUGGCACAACUUCUACUUGUGUAUUCUGGAGGAUUCUGUAGAAGCUGUGCCAAAUGGUAGGAUUCUACAGCAGAUUCUGAGAAUGAACCGUAGAAUCCGCAGAAGCAGAAUCUGUUUUUCACAGGAUUCUCCAAGAAGCGGAUUGUGCAGAAGCACAAGCUGUGCCAAACAUGGCCUAUAUUCCUGGAGCAUGUAGACGUUAGAGGCUGUCGUGAUUUACUUAGACGGUUAUCACCUAAGGUCCUUACCUCUUUUGAUUAGAUGAUGUGAAAAUUUUAGCCCAUUUCGUUAGUCCUCCGACAUGUUCUCUUUUCAAUGGUGAUGUUACCCAGCCUGGGGAUAUCCUCAUUAUAAUGAAACUUGGCCCGUUGACAUGCCAGCGUCGACAGUUGAUGAUU